AUAUUUGAAAAUGCAUCCUGUCCCUGAAGAACCUGGGCCAGGAGAUGCUGUUGCAGAGCAGAGAGAUGAGAAAGAGGUUAAUGACUGCAGUCAUGCUUAUGUCCUGCCCAGCAAUGAGGAUAGCCUAAUAAAAGCAGAACCACAACUGCCAGAAGGCAAACAGGAGACCAGGAGGGAAAUGGUGGAUGGCACCAACCUGGAGCAACAUAAGUGGGAAAGUAUUAGGAAAGACUACGGAACUGGAGAACCAGCCCAAGAGAAAGGAGGCAGCUCAGUGACCGACACACAACAGAAUAAAGAGAAAGUAAAUGGUAAUUGUAAGCUAGUGACUGACUCAUCCAACGAAAAAUCAGAACUGAAACAAGGUGGAAUGAGAAUGACCAAAAAGCUGCUGAGAGAUCUCUGCAAACAGCAUAAGUUAUACAUGACCCCAGACUUGAAUGACACCCUCUAUCUCCAUUACAAAGGAUUUGACCGUUUGGAGAAUCUGGAAGAAUAUACUGGACUGAAAUGCCUAUGGCUAGAAUGCAAUGGCCUGACAAAGAUUGAGAACUUGGAUGCGCAGAAAGAUUUACGUUGCCUUUAUCUGCAGCUCAAUUUGAUUCAUAAAAUGGAGAACCUGGAACCAAUGGAAAAGCUGGAUUCUCUCAACCUCAGCAACAAUUACGUCAAGACCAUUGAGAACCUCUCUUGUUUGAAAGUUCUGCACACUUUGCAGCUUGCUCACAACAAAUUACAAACAGUGGAAGACAUACAGCACUUGCAGGAGUGUCCAAGUAUCAGUGUCCUUGACCUUUCUUACAACAAGCUAGAUGAUCCAGGUAUUUUAAAUGUCCUGGAGACCAUGCCUGAUCUGCGUGUAUUAAAUUUGAUGGGAAAUGAAGUAAUUAAGAAAAUAGCUAAUUAUAGAAGGACGUUUACUAUCCGAUUGAAGCAUCUGACGUAUUUGGACGAUAGGCCAGUUUUUCCAAGGGACAGGGCCUGUGCGGAAGCCUGGGCAAAGGGGGGCCGUGAAGCUGAGAAAAAAGAAAGGGAACUGUGGGAGGCCAAAGAUCGAAAGAAGAUCCAAGACAGCAUUGAUGCACUCAGCACAAUCCGUCGAAGAGCUGUAGAGAAGAAAAGGCAACAGGAAAUGGGAAGAAGUGGUGAGACAUUGACCAGCAAUCAAGAAGGGGAGAGUACAUUUUCAAGCAACAGCACCAUGACCGAAAGUACUAUAGAGGAAUCAGCUAUGUCCAAAGAAUUGGAAACAAAGGAGAAGAUUGAGAAGUUUGUAGACGAAAGCAUGAAAGCCCACGAGGAACUGGUUACAGCUGCAAACUUACAAGGUCCGAUGGAUAACUCCAAGAACAUUAAGCCAUAUAAUACUCAGCAAAUGGUACAAAAAGCAAGUUUGGACUCCUACUCGAACAGUGGACCUGCUGAAGAAGAAGUGCCAGUCGAUAAGAUGGCUGGGCCAGGACCACUGAUUACUGACCUGGAUGAAUCUGAAGAGAUUGAACAAAUUAAGCUAGAUGUAUCAGAGAAACUCUUUCUUGAUGAACUGCCUGAUUUGGAAGAUGUGGAUAUCAGUGAAGCCUCACUGUGCAAUGAGGUCUUCAUCAACCAGCAAACCUGCCCUCUGAAGAUUGAAGUGAUUUCUGAAGGAAGUGAUAGUAGUGACCGCACAGUGGUAGAAAGCAAGACAGCUGCUUCUGGCAACACAGUAGCAGAGGAGAUUCCAGCUGCCAUCUUUUCAAGCAUAUAUAAGGUAUCUGAAAACAGUACAAAGGCAGCUGCAAAGCCCAUGAUAGAAGAUUUACUAGUACUAAAAGAGGAAAACUUGGAAACUGAAAGUCAGCCAGAAAAACCUUUGAAGCCAUUGAUUGAAGAGAUUUUGCCCAAGCCUUUGGAGUCUUCAAUAAAGCCAUCAAAACCUGAUGAAACAACUGAACCACCCCCAGAAGGAGUGGGAGAUGGGGAAAGCCAAGCUACAUCCAAAGGCCCAGGGUUUGUCUCUGAAGCAGCUAUUGUACCAUGCUCUCUAGAAAAUGUAGGAUCCUGCUGCAUACCAGAAAGUAACAGUGAAGACACAAAGUAUGGAUUGGACUGAGCAAUGAAGAAACUCAGCCCAGUUGACUUGGAUUUGUUCUUUUGCCUUAUGAGGGGAUGGAGUACAUGCAGCAAUAUGUCAGGUGGCAUUAGUCACAAAGCCUGUGCCUUUAAUUGUGCAUCUUGAUGCUGUCACACUGCUGCAUGCCCUACAGAGUAUACAAAGGUUGACUCUUUUCAAUCUUGAGUUUGGCCUAUGCCCUCUGUGGCAAGUGAAUUUGAAGGCUUCCAAGCCACCAUUCAAAGUAUUGAUCUAGUUUUUUACUAGUUUCUUACAAGUGUCCAUAUUAGCAGGAUCCAGAAAUAUAUUUAAAGCACUGGGCAAGUUGUGCUUCCUUCUCCCCCACUGAAAUCCACGGAAUGUAAAAUGUUCUUUGUUUUGCUUUGUUUAUAGAAUUUAUUGCUUGUUUCAGGGGUUUGUCUUUAUUUGUAAUUCAUUCUAAGUAAAAAAUUUCAUCCUCA